UUACAAACACAAGUUAGUCACCACGUGGCGAUAAUUUCAGUCAAGGCUGGCUUUGUUUAUGUGUAGGCCACUACGGGUUCUACGAAUGAAGACGGCAGGGGCAUUGGUAUAUAAAGAAGAGCAAUUAGCUCGUGCAAGCAUAAUUCAAAACAUAGAAUAGGGCAAUAGUGUUUCAAGAGUAAUUAACAAAGUGAGUUAAUCAUGGAGAAAAAAGAAAUGAGGGAUUUUUUGGGAACAACCACCCAUUUUAAUCCUGCUAUGAAUCAAGUCAACCCAGAUGAUGCUGCCAAAGCAAAAUUCAAAUUCAAAGGUGCACAUUAUAUGGGAGCUAAUCCUGAGGCUGGGGUCAGAACACAUCAAGGUAGUCCGAAAAUGCAAAUAUUUGGUCAACAGUUUAGACGCACGAGAUCAGAAAGUUGUGGAAGUGAAGGAGAACCUUCAUCACCCAUUGGAUCACCUAUAACUACCCCACCACUUCAUGCUGCCAUGCAAGCCAACACUCAAUCUCAGUUUGGAGCUCCAGGAGUAUCAAUAGCAAACAGUCUAAAAAUGAAGGAGCUUAGACAUGAAUUUGAUUUCAAAUAAAUAUUUCGUCCAAGAACUAAUUCUAGUCGGAUUGGUCGUUUUCAAGACUAGUGCUACCUCACGAGGGUAUAUAUGUGUACAUAUUGUAGUGAUCUCUCAUUGGUUUGAAUUUCCAUGAAUGAGUGCAAAGAUAUGACUGAUUGUUUGCGAUCAAAUCGCUAUCGUGGUGAUAAUAAAAUUGUGUUUAGUGUGCAUAAGGUCUCAUAAUGAUAUUUUGUGUAUACAAUAUUUUUUGUCAGAAAUAAAUUGUUUACAAAGUUG